AUGAAGAUUUACUCAACUGCCAUCCUCAUGGCAAACCUCGCUGCUGCGCAGGCAGUCCGGUAUCUCGGACGAGUGAAUCCGGCAACCAGCGAGUUGACCUGGCCUGGCACCGGCGUGGCAUUUACUUUUACCGGAACUUCAGCUACCAUUAGACUUGCUGAGGUGAAUGGUAGCAAUAGUGUCGACCUGAUAAUUGACGGCGGCGAGCCAACGGUUAUUUCAAACGUUACCGGCAGCUCCAUUACUACACCAUCCGGAUUGGCACCAGGCAAUCACACCGUCGAACUGCGCAAGCGUUCCGAAGCCCUCUAUGGCACAAUUGUUCUCGGCAAUAUCACCAGUAAUGGGACUCUAACCAAGAAUGUACCUCCUAGUCCCACGCAGAAAAUCGAGAUUAUCGGAGACUCAAUCAGCGUCGGCUACGGGUUAGACGGCACAUACCCUUGCAUCAACAGUGCAGCCCUCGAAGACAAUCCCAAAACAUAUGGCGCGUUGGCAGCCGAGUCCCUAGGCGCGGAUUACAGCGUGAUAGCCUGGAGCGGAAUAGGACUUGUACGAAACUAUGUUACGACGACGAUAGACACAAGCCCUGUUAUGCCGGAGCUCUAUACUCGGUAUGGGGCCGAUGAUGCGGACGACAGCUACACGUUUCCGGCGGAUUGGAUACCGGAUGCCGUCGUUAUCAAUCUGGGUACAAACGACUUUGGAUAUGUUCUGACUAAUGAUACAUCGGGACAGCCGUACGACGCGCGUGAGCCUCUAGAUCCGAGCGUAUACACGGCCGCCAUGGUCAACUUUGUCGAUGCCAUUCGACAGCACUAUGCUGACGCAGAGUUUUUCUUGCUGACCUCGCCAAUGCUCAGCGACAGCUACCCGACGACAGAGGACGCGCAGCACACGACACAGUAUAAUGCACUAAAGGCUGCCAUUUCGCAAAUCGGCGGACAUGCGCAUUUAGUUGACUGGCCCUCGCAGGGUUCUGCUGUAGGUUGUGACUAUCAUCCCAAUGCAGCGACGCAUGCAGCCGAGGGGGACGUUUUGGCUUUGGCGAUUAGUUCUGUACUGGGAUGGUGA